UUAUUGAGAUUAUAGUCCAAAUAUUAAAGAUGAACAACAACCAAAACAAUUAUGACUGGAAUCCGAAUCAGCAGGAUCCCCAAAAGAUGAAUAUGCAAAAUGACGGCAGUGCAAACUCACAAAUGAAUAUGCCUAACAUGCUUGGAGCUAACAUGCAAAUCCCACAAGGCAUGAUGCCCUAUGGAAUGAAUAGUUACAUGAACCAGUUCCAGAUGGGAAACAUGCCUCAAAACUCUAACAUGGGUGGAUCCAUGUACUCUGGAAAUGGUGGAAAUAUAAAUCAGGAAGGCAGCUUCAUUCCCAACAACAACUCUCAAGAUCAAAACCAACAGGUACCUGACGGUACUUAUGGAAACCAAGGACAGCCAGCUGGUACUGAAGAAAUCAAUCAGCCAAAUGUUCCAGAGCAGAAGGUGGAAACUCAAGAACAAAAUCCUGAAAAGGAAGGUAUUACAGGAGGAGAAGGCCGAGCUCUUGAUGAAAACGCCCUAACCCGUGCUAUUAUCCCUGAUAGCCAACCCGCUCAUGCUAAAGACCAAAAUGGUAAGACUAAGAAAAAUGUUGAGGAAAAUUCCAAAGAAAAUGAUGAAGACCCCGAAGGAAAAUACAAUCUGAGAAAAAGAUCUCGAAAGGAAAUCCCCUCCUACUACGAUGAGUUCUCUGAUGAAGAAAACAAGCCUGAUCGUAGGCACAAGAAGCAGAAAAAUGAAGAGGAAGAUUAUGAUCCAGAACAAGAUGAGGAGGAUGACAAUAAUCCUAAGAAUAAGUUUCACCAGCAAGACCAAAAUAACUUCUCUGGAGGUCAGAAUCAGAUGGAUAACUAUAUGAUGCAGCAAAUGAUGAUGCAACAGAUGUACAAUAAUUCCGCCAUGGGGGAAGGAAUGCCGAAUGUUAAUCAAAUAAGCUCUAAUUUGAAUAACAUGAACAACAUGAUGGGGUCACAGUAUCCCCAGAACCAGAUGGCCCAACAGAACUUCUCCAAUGGAGGACAAAGCAACACUCAAGUCCCUCAAAAAUCUGGGGGAUGAGGAGGAGCAAAGGAAGGACCUGGAGGUGUCUGAACUCAUUGUAAUAAGCCUAGGCCACCUCCAGAGCUAUUAGCUCAAAUUCUUGCCUUACAGAAUAGCAGGCAGACUCAGAUGAAUCAGGGCUACAACGACCCUUACUCCUACAUGAUGGGCGGUAACUCCAUGAUGAAUGGAAUGAGCGCCAACAAUGGUUACUAUGGAGCUACAGGUAACACCCAAGGGAGCAACCAGAAUAUGAAUUCAGGCAACAAUUAUGCUGCAAACAACACUCAAUAUCCGAUGCAGAACUCUGGAAAUGGAGGCCAAGGAUAUCCUUCCCAGCAAGAGUCUUCAAAGGCCCAGAAUAACUCAAAUAACCAAACUGGGUAUGGAAUGAUGAAUGGAGGAAAUUCAGGACAGCCAGGUGGGUCUGGCUCGAACUUCGACUCCAACAAUUUCUCCGCCUCGAACACGCAAAUGGGAUCUUACCCAAUGAUGGGAGGGUACCAAAACAUGAAUCAAUCGACACCUGGAGGAGGCAAUGGGAUGAACAACGGAUAUUCCUACGGCUACUCUAUGUAUAACUCUAAUGGGCAAAACCCCCAAGGCAACAACCAAGGCAUGACUCCUGAGCAAAUGCAACAAAUGAUGCAGGGGAACAACCAAUGGAUGCAAGACAUGAACUCAAGAAAAAAUAACUAGAUUUUAUAAUAAUUU